UUGAAAUGAAAGUAACAUCAAAAGUUCUGAAAUACUUGCACUUGGACAAAACACACUGCUUAUUAAGCGGUCGUGCUAUCCACAUCAUUUUAGAGUUGUUCAAAUGUUUAGAUAUUCACCGAGAGCUGCAAUUGAACGAUGUACAAUUUUGGGCAUUUAUGCAUUCCUCCACUGAUCUAUCAAAGUCACAGAUAUAUAAUGUCUUCGAUAUGCUAGAUGUUGAUUGUUCAGGAACCCUGGAUUUUGAUGAAUUUUAUCUUUUAGUUUGCAUUUUGAUUGCAGUCCACGAUAAAGAAGAAAAACAUUUCAUUUAUCGCCAUUCGAGAACUGUGUUUGACCUACUUGACGAAGAUGCAAGCGGAAACAUAUCAUGUGACGAAUUUGAAAAAUUCGGAUUUUUAUUUAAUCUACAAGGCGAGGCCAUGCGAGCAAUAUUUUCAGAGUUCGAUGUAUCUGGGGAUCACGAACUAGAUUAUUCAGAGUUCAAGAUGUUUGCAAUGGCAUGUAUAGACAGACAAAGUGAAAUAGAAGCAAGAAAUUCAUCGGAAAAUCCAGGGCCAUGUACAAUAUUAUAAGAUACACUCACUGAUGUAAAAAUAAAUACUAGACAUUCAAUAUGAAGAUCUGUUGAUAAAACGCAAACACAAGUCGAAUGGUUUGACUUGUUCUGCAUGAGAAUUUGAGAAAGCACAACAUUAUCUGUUUAGUCAUGUUUGGCAUAUUGCAAAUGUUAUCAUCAGAAUGCUUAUGCUGGUUCUUUACAAUGUUUAACAGGAUACUUUUGGUUAUGCUACGUACAAUUAUUUGUAAAUUUGUAAAUUUGUGAUCCCAUUUCAUUUUGACGGAUGGAACAAUCAUUAUCAUCAUCAUGACAUCUUCAUCAUA